GUUCAGAGUCAACAUUCUGGGGACAACAUUUGUGGGAUUUGGGAUGGAACCAUGACCCAGCCAUGGAGAUGACGUGGAACCAUCAAGGCAGACCGUUGGGUUGCAUCCAUGGACUCACUUCAACACCGAUUGGUGGUCGUCCUGCAGAACAAGCCUGUGAUCGGGGAGUGAACUCUGAAGUGUUAUCAUGAAUGAUGGAGGCAAACACAUCGACAUCUUCCCUGCAGCACGCUUCCUCCUCGGCUCUGGCGGCGCUUCUGCCCUCAGCUCCCGGCCGACACGUCAACACUCUUGCCGACAAACACGUCAAGCACCUGGUGGGAGUUUUCUUCCAGGUCACGCUGAAUGUUCUGGCUCUGGUCGCCAACACUGCCGUCCUGCUCGCUGUGGUUAAAGCUCCUCACCUGAGGAAGUUUGUGUUCGUGUGCCACCUCUGUGCGGUGGACCUGCUGUGUGCCGUCCUGCUCAUGCCUCUGGGCAUCGUCUCCAGCUCCUUGUACUUCGCAGAUGUGGUGUUCACCAUCCUGCAGUGUCAGAUCUACCUCUUCCUGAAGGUGCUCCUCAUGGCCGCCUCCAUCUUCACCAUCACAGCCAUCAGUGUGGAGCGCUACUACUACAUCGUCCACCCGAUGCACUACGAGGUCAAGAUGACCCUCAGGUUGACUGCGGCCGUGGUGGUCCUGGUGUGGGUGGCCUCCGUUUUGCUAGGGUUGUCCACUACGUUCGGUUGGCCGGCGUGUGAUGGCAUCAGCGCAGCCCAAUGCUCCUUGAUCUGGAGCCACAGAGACCACAGAGAGAUCUUCUCUGUUCUCUUCAGCGUCACAUGCUUUUGUCUCCCAGCUGUGGUGAUCUUCUCUGUCUACUGCAACGUUUAUAAGGUGGCUCGAGUGGCGGCACACCAGCACGGGCCACUGCCCUCCUGGACCCACCCUCCAACAAAGAACCGUUCAGACUCCAUCAACAGUCACACCACGAUAAUAACAUCCCGCUCGGCUCCGCGGAGAAUGGUGUGUGGCCACACUUUGGGAGGCGGGAAAGCUGCUCUCACCCUGAUGCUCAUCGUUGGACAGUUUCUAAUCUGCUGGCUGCCUUAUUUCGCCUUCCACAUUCACAUGACGAUAGAUCCCACAUCCGGCAUUCCAGAGGAUUUUGAGGACUCCGUCACCUGGCUGGCUUAUUCCUCCUUCGCCAUCAACCCUUUCUUCUACGGGCUUCUCAACCGUCAGAUCAGGGAGGAGCUCUGGAAGCUGAGGAACUGCUACUCCAGACGGCCUGUAGAACCUGCUGUGUCCAGCCAUGAUGGUUCAGGACCAGAGAACUUCUUACAGUUUCUCCACAGAACAAGCUGCACAGCCGAAUCGGGUGCAAGUUUCGUGACGUCUAGUCCGAGAAACACGCUGGACCCAACAGGGUUCAGAUUACCGGGACAGAUCCCUGAAGAAUUGGAUUAGAAAACUGCACUGCUGGAUAAAGAAUUGAAGUGUAAACCACCGGAAAAACCGUCUCUUAAGUUGCCCGUUCAUUCAACCAUUUGUGGUUCCAAGAAUCCUGAAUUAUUUGAUGUAAUGUUGUUCAUAAAUAUUGAUGCAUUUGAGCAGACCUUAUCCAGAUGCUAAUUCAUGACCACAGACAUCUUGGACUUUAUUUUGGAGUCAACUGUGAAGAAAUAUAAAACAUCACUCAUCAGCUGCAGUGAAUUAAUAAGUCUCAAACACAUUUUAAUAUUUGAUUCCAGAAGGAUAUUGAGUAAGUUGAAGCCGUACACUUGAGCUAAAACAUCAAUGUGGAAGUGCCCCAGUGAUGAGCAAACUCUUUGCUCCAUGAUGAAGUUUUUUUUUGUCCUUCUAUCCUGAAGUUUUUUUUUAAUAUAUGGUGGAAUGUUUUGGACACGACAUCAUGACAAUAUAAUCUGUUAUUUGGAUCCAUGUGUUGUUUUCUUUUCUCUGAUAAAUAAAUCUAAACUAACCCGAAGACAAUGGGGUUGGGAAAGAGGAGAAAAGUCGGACAAACAGGCAGAUGCAUCAAGCACUAUCAAAAUAAAA